AUGAAACUCCUCAAAUGUGCUUUUGUCUAUCGCCGCUUUCUCAUUGUGGUUCUCAGUGUUCUCUUUUUAUUGCCACUACCUCUCAUCAUCCGCACCAAGGAAGCAGAAUGUGCCUACGUCCUCUUCGUUGUUGCCAUCCUUUGGAUCACAGAAUCCUUCCCACUGUCAAUCACAGCUCUACUGCCUGGCUUAAUGUUCCCUAUGUUCGGGAUCAUGCCUUCUGCACGUGUGGCCUCUUCUUAUUUCAAAGACUUUCACCUGCUGUUAAUUGGAGUCAUCUGUUUAGCAACAUCAAUAGAAAAAUGGAAUUUACACAAGAGGAUUGCUCUGAGGAUGGUGAUGAUGGUGGGUGUGAAUCCGGCCUGGCUGACGUUGGGGUUCAUGAGCAGUACUGCCUUCUUAUCUAUGUGGCUUAGCAACACCUCUACUGCUGCCAUGGUGAUGCCCAUCGUGGAGGCUGUGGCGCAGCAGAUCAUCAGUGCUGAAGCAGAGGCCGAGGCCACUCAGAUGACUUAUUUCAAUGAAUCUGCCACCCAUGGACUGGAAGUUGAUGAAACUGUUAUUGGACAAGAAACAAAUGAAAGAAAAGAGAAAACAAAAUCAGUUCCAGGAAGCAGUAACGACACAGGGAAAGUUUCAAGCAAGAUGGAGACAGGAAAGAACUCAGUUACAGGAGCAAAAUAUCGGUCAAAGAAGGACCACAUGAUGUGUAAACUCAUGUGCUUAUCUAUUGCUUACUCUUCAACCAUUGGUGGGCUGACAACACUCACUGGUACCUCUACCAAUCUGAUCUUCUCUGAACAUUUCAAUACACGUUACCCUGAUUGUCGUUGCCUCAACUUCGGAUCCUGGUUUUUGUUUUCCUUCCCAAUUGCUAUUAUCCUUUUACUCUUGUCCUGGAUCUGGCUUCAGUGGCUUUUCUUGGGAUUCAACUUUAAGGAGAUGUUCAAAUGUGGCAAAACCAAAACACUCAAAGAAAAGGCGUGUGCUGAGGUGAUCAAGCAAGAAUAUGAAAAACUUGGGCCAAUGAGGUAUCAGGAAAUCGUGACCUUGGUAAUCUUCAUCCUAAUGGCCUUGCUAUGGUUCAGUCGGGAUCCUGGCUUUGUUACUGGUUGGUCGAUCCUGUUUUCAAAGUACUCUGGUUAUGUUACAGAUUCAACUGUUGCUUUAGUUGCAGGACUACUUUUCUUUCUGAUUCCAGCUAAGGAACUGACAAAAACUACAUCUACGGGAGAAAUUGUUGCUUUUGAUUACUCUCCCCUGAUUACUUGGAAAGAAUUCCAGUCAUUCAUGCCCUGGGACAUAGCCAUUCUUGUUGGUGGAGGUUUUGCCCUGGCAGAUGGCUGUCAGGAAUCAGGACUAUCUAGCUGGAUAGGAAGUAAAUUAUCUCCUUUAGGUUCAUUACCAAUUUGGCUAAUAAUUCUGAUAUCUUCUUUGAUGGUCACGUCUUUGACAGAGGUAGCCAGCAACCCGGCUACCAUCACCAUUCUUUUCCCAAUAUUGUCUCCUUUGGCUGAAGCCAUUCAUGUGAACCCUCUUCAUAUUCUGCUGCCUUCCACACUCUGUACCUCAUUUGCAUUCCUUCUGCCAGUUGCAAAUCCACCCAAUGCUAUUGUUUUUUCAUACGGCCACCUGAAAGUCAUCGACAUGGUUAAAGCUGGACUUGGAGUAAAUAUUUUGGGAGUUGCUGUGGUGAUGCUGGGCAUGUUCACCUGGAUCGAACCUAUGUUUAACCUCUACGAGUACCCUUCCUGGGCUCCUGACUUUCUUAAUCAGACCAUGCCAUGACAAGCACAAAAUUGCCACCUACUUCAUGGUGACUUUUGGACUUGCUAAGAAUUCAUUGUAAGAUGUAGCUGUAUAUAACUGACACAUGUAAAUCAGUGAUAUAGUCAUUACAGCUCCAAUGCAUGCCUCCCACUCGCUGUCAUAGAGCCUAUGUCUUUUGAAAUACAACCAAAGAGCAUCUGCAUGCCUUCCUCCAGAAACCCAAGGUUGAAAUUGUGUUGGCAGACCGUGUACAUGCUCUUUCUCCAUAAAAAUGGUGCCAAUGACCUUUAAAGCAGUUAGGCCAUUUGCUACAUCUUAAACCUGGAGUUCAGUGUAACAUUUCAAACAUCAAUUUAUUAUUUGAAAAUCUUCUUAUGAAACUAAAAGCAGAAAAUAAAGUAUAAAAGUAAAUGAGAUACUUGGAUAAAUCAUUUCUAUAGUGUUUGUCAAGGGAAUUUGCUAAAGAACCAAGCUGUGGUCAUUUGGUGUAAUCAAAGUAAAAUGUGUAUUUAUUUAUUUAUUGAAAAGUCCAACUGCAUUAUUACUAAGGUGUAGGCAAGAUGAAUUGAAAUUAUAAUAGUUACAAAUUCCAAAAUCCAUUGAAUCUGCUUGGUAGUGGAAAAUUCAUAAUGAUUAAUUUAUGUGUGUCCAUAUAAACAGGCUACUAUUUUAUGCUUCUGUGCUGAGCAAUGCAUUUUGAAUAGUUAUGAAUAAGUGAGUUAUGAUUUGUAGUAUUUUUGUAGUAGAGUUAGAAAGCUGUGCAUUAGGGCUAUCCACACAUUGAUGCAAUGUAUAACCUUUGCAUCUGUCAGCACAGAAUCACAGUCCUUUGGAUUCUCUCCUGCUUAGUCUCAUAGAGGAAAAAAACUAAAUAAGGCCCUAGUUUCACAAACCCUGGGUUGACAUAAAGAUUACUGUAACACGAAUCUUAAAAGGCCUUAUUAAUAAAAUCAAACCUGAAGCCAGAUAUUGGAGUGAAUGCUGGAAGAUCAGAGAAGCAGAACAAGCCACAGCUUUCUCACCUAGCCAAUUCCUCAGCUGAUCCUGUUUCCUCAGACUGGAAGCCUCUGAGUCCUCAUCCAAAUGGAUCUCAGCUGAACUGCUGCUCAAAAGCCUAAAAGCUUAACCAGGCUCUUGUUCUAGGUCCUCACGCCUUAUAUAUCUUUCUGCUUUCUGCCAUCACUUCCUGGGAUUAAAGGCGUGAGUCACCAUGCCUGACUGUUUCCAGUGUGGCUUUGAACUCACAGAGAUCCAGAUGGAUCUCUGCCUCCAGAAUGCUAGGAUUAAAGGUGUGUGUACCAGCAUUUUCUGGCCUCUAUAUCUAUCUAGUGGCUGUUCUGUUCUCUGACCCCAGAUAAGUUUAUUAGGAUGCACAAUAUUUUGGGGGACACAAUAUAUGCAAAGUUUGAAGAUCAUAACCAGAAGCAUACUAAUUUCUCUCUAGUACUAUGAUAACGUUGCUUAACUUCCUUUGGAGGGACCUGUAGCCACUUUUGUCAUAGAUACUGACUCUUCACUUGGGUUAACAGAUGUCUAGUAGGUGACCAUAGCAGGAUAAAAACAUUUAAAAUCCCUUCUUCUGAUUGUUUCCAUUACUUUAUUCUAAUUAAAUUUAUUUUUAUUUUAAAAAGAAAACAAUAUAUGAAAAAUGAGCCAUUAGUUAAAAACAUUACUGCAUAUAGAAGAAAGUCACAUAUUUCCAUUGUAUAAAUACUAAAAUGAGAUAGAAGUAAAAUACAGAAUAAAAAAUUAAAAAGACGAAAGAGAAAAACUACUUAUGAUCAGAGGAAAAAGAAAACCAACCUCAAAGUAUAUAGACAAACAAGCAAUGAGAUGGAAAAAAGAAGAAAGAUCUUUGGCAUUCCAAACCUGGACAAACAAAAAAAAAAUUAUCAAAACCAAAAUAAUCUGCCCAGUUAGGAAAGGAUUGAGGUGUUAGAAAAUGUAAUUUAUCCUGAUAAAAAUGAAAUGGAGGACAAAAAUACACCUUUGCUUUUUAAUUCUCAUAAGCACAUUUUUUGA